GUGUUCCUUUACAAUACAAAACACUUCUCCUCUUCUCUGCUCGUCCGCAGCAGAGAGAGAAAUCUAUAUAGCUCCUUCUCUCUCCCAUUCUCUCUCUAUCAAAUCCUGAUUCAGCUUCUCUUGUCGCUGAAUUCAUAUACAUCUUUGUUUCUAUCUCUGUUUUUGACCUUACGGCGGAGAUUUUAUCCAGAGAGCUAGAUCGAGGUAUGCAGCAGACUGAUCAGACGGUGUUGAGCUUGAGACCUGGUGGUGGUCGAGGAAGCAGACCCUUUGGUUCUCGCUUCGAUAACUCUUCUUCAUCAUCAUCGUCCGCCGCCAAUCUUGCUUUUGGCGAUCUCCCUCUCUUACGUCCGCAUGGCGGCGCUCCUCCUUCUUUCUCGAUUAAGACUGGCGACUCAAGGUUUGAGGGCCGUGAGCGAGCACGGUACUCUAGAGAGCAGCUGUUAGAGCUUAGAAAGGCUGUUGAAGUUUCUGAAGAGAUUCUACAAAUCAAACGAGAAAUUGAUGUUGAACUUUUUGGUGAGGAACAAAGCUGGGCGAGUGGAGAAAGCAAUCCCCUUAAUCAGUCUCAGAACCGUUAUUCUGAGCCAGAUAAUCGUGACUGGCGUGGCCGUUCUACUACCUCUUUUGAUGACAGAGACCUUGGUGGUCGAUAUGACUCCAGGCAGCCAGAAGCAAAUCCAUUUAAUCGCCAAGAGCAACUCAACUCCCAAUUUUCAAGGGCACAAACCUCUGCCAACCAAUCGGGAGGGCCUGCUCCUACUUUGCUGAAGGCCGAGCAGCCAUGGUCAGCUAGAAGGGGGAAUCUAUCUGAAAAGGACCGUGUCUUGAAGACUGUGAAAGGGAUAUUGAACAAACUUACCCCUGAGAAGUUUGAUCUUCUCAAGGGUCAACUUAUUGAUUCUGGUAUCACAUCAGCUGAUAUAUUGAAGGGUGUUAUAUCAUUAAUAUUUGAUAAGGCAGUUCUGGAACCCACAUUUUGUCCUAUGUAUGCUCUGUUGUGUUCUGAUCUUAAUGAAAAGCUGCCCCCCUUCCCAUCUGAUGAACCUGGUGGUAAAGAAAUCACCUUUAAGCGAGUCCUCUUGAAUAACUGCCAAGAGGCAUUUGAGGGUGCUGGCCAACUGAGGGAAGAAGUGAGACAGAUGACUGCUCCAGAGCAAGAGAUGGAGCGUCGAGAUAAAGAAAGAAUUGUCAAGCUCCGUACUCUUGGAAAUAUCCGUUUGAUUGGGGAGCUCCUGAAGCAGAAGAUGGUACCUGAAAAGAUAGUCCAUCACAUCGUUCAGGAGCUCUUGGGACAGGAAAGUAAAACUUGUCCAGCAGAGGAAAAUGUUGAAGCCAUCUGUCAGUUCUUUAACACUAUAGGCAAGCAACUUGAUGAGAGCCCAAAAUCACGACGUAUAAAUGAUAUCUACUUUAGCCGAUUGAAGGAAUUGACCACCAAUUCCCAACUGGCUCCACGACUGAGGUUCAUGGUUCGUGAUGUGCUUGAUCGGCGAGCGAAUAAUUGGGUUCCUAGGCGUGAAGAGGUAAAAGCCAAAACCAUUACUGAAAUCCAUUCUGAGGCAGAGAAAAAUCUCGGGUUGCGUCCUGGUGCCACUGCAAGUAUUAGGAAUAAUCGUGGUGUAAUAUCUGGGCCCCCUGGGGCCCUUGGGGGAUUCCCAAUGAACCGACCAGGCUCAGGUGGGAUGAUGCCUGGCAUGCCAGGUACUAGGAAGAUGCCUGGGAUGCCCGGAAUUGAUAAUGAUAAUUGGGAGGUGCCGAGGAACCGGUCGAUGCCAAGGGGUGAUGGACCAGGUGUGCAGGCUGUAGGACGUGUACAGGCACCAUUGGUUAACAAAUCAUCAUCAGGGAAUGAUAGGCUAUUACCUCAGGGCAUUGGUGGAGUCAUCAGUGGAAGGAACAGUGCCCUUUUGCAGGGUGUUGGCGGCGGUCCUCCUCACCCAUCAAACUUUGCUCUAAGUACUGAGCCUGCAGAAUCGAAACCCUUUCCUGCUAUGUCUGUGACUCCGGUGAUGGAGAAACCCACUCCAGCUGCAAGGUUGAAUCUAGAUGAACUUCGGAGAAAAACAAUAGCACUUUUGGAGGAAUAUUUUAGUAUCCGACUUCUAGAUGAAGCAUUACAAUGUAUGGAAGAGCUGAAGGCUCCAACAUAUCACCCUGAGGUUGUCAAGGAAGCUAUUUCCCUUGGACUGGAGAAAAGUCCUCCAUGUGUCGAACCAGUUGGGAAACUUAUGGAAUAUUUGUUCACCAAGAGGGUUCUUACAGCGAGAGACAUAGGUACUGGUUGUCUUCUGUAUGCCGCUAUGUUGGACGAUAUUGGUAUUGAUUUACCAAAGGCUCCGAGUAAUUUUGGUGAGAUAAUUGGAAAAUUAAUUUUGGCUGGAGCACUGGAUUUUAAGGUUGUGACAGAGGUACUUAAGAAGAUGGAAGAUGACAUGUUCCGGAAAGUUGUGUUUGAUGCAGCGGUGAGGGUAGUUACUUCGGGUCUUGGGCAAGUGUUGCUGGAUUCACAGGCAUCCGAUAUCGAGGCUUGCCAGAACUUGCUUUAGGAGGCUUUCCGUUUGCAACAGUAUUUGAAUGUCCUUAUCAUUUGAACUUCCAGUUCUUAUUUUGACAUCUCGACAAUGCCCUCUCAUCCCACUUUUUUUGAGGCGAGCAACUUUGUAUUCUGUCAUAAAGGUGGAGCUGCUAAAAUGGGUCAUUUUGAUUGAGUUGUAUAUUUAUCAAUGUUAUAGCGGUUUGUUCACUGACUAAAGAAAUCAAACCAUAAUACCAACGGAUUUUGCUCUCGAUUGACGGCCAAGUAAAUGGCUGGUUGAUCGAGUAGGGUGACCCUUAUAAGGGAACCGGUUGUUUUGUAUUUGAUUUGUUACUUUACCUUCAUUUUUGUGUUUUUUUUUUCUUUUAAACCAGUUUAUUGUUGAAACGUUGAUCUGAGAGUUUAGCUUACUACCAUUGCUAUGUUGCUCUCGUUACUGAAUCUGGAGCUAUUUUAACGUGGCUUGUGGUA